AUGUCUUCGGCUACAAACUCGGCCACCGUCUACGGUGGAGACGAAAUCAAUGCUAUUGUCUUGGACGGUGGGUCUUACACCACCCGAAUUGGGUACUCCGGCGACGACUUCCCCAAGGUCAUCCAGAACUCUUACUAUCUGAAAACUCCAACGAAAACGCUUUUUGGUGGAGAUAUGGAGCUCCCCAGACUGAACCAGGAGGUCAUUCCCAUCAUGAAGGAAAGCAUCAUUAACGACUGGGAAGGUGCUCUUGCCAUGUACAAGUAUUACUUUGACGAUGUGUUGAAGAUUGACUACCAGGAACAGCCAAUUUUGAUCACCGAGCCAGUUUGGACAACCAAGGAUUACAGGCAGCAACUCGUGGAGACUUUUUACGAGGAAUUCAACUUUCCAGCCUUGUACUUGGCCCGUACGCCAGCGUGCGUUUCGUUUCAGCAGGGAAGACUGAGUUGUUUGGUAGUAGACAUUGGCCAUGAUCAGGUCAGUGUAGUGCCUGUUGUGGAUGGAAUUUGCUUGCUCAAGAACUCCAUGAAGACCAACUACGGUGGACACUACUUAAAUGAUCAGAUCCAGGAUACCUUGAAGUCAAAAUACCUGGAUUUGUCCUUGGUACCCAAGUAUAAGGUCAAGGACAAGACUGCCACCGUGUAUCCUGAAAAGGCAGAAUACGUGGAACGUAGCUUGCCAGAAAACAUCACCAAGUCAUACGACCAGUUUCAGGAGGAGAAGAUCUACACAGAGUUCAAAGAGCUCUUGUUGGAGGUUCCAGAAAAGAAGAUGAACAGCUCCAAUGCGCAGCAUAUGGCAUCGGUGAAGGAGCUCUACGGACAGGAUGAUUCCAAGCGUAUGAUUGAAUUCCCAUCAGGUCAGUCACUUGAGGUAUCGAUGGACAGGUUCCGAUUGGCCGACGCCUUGUUCGAUCCAGCUGCCUACCCAUUUAAGGACUCCCAGCUUGCAGAAAAAUAUCCGAAGAACAAUGGAGAGCUCUCCAUCAGCAGUCCUUAUGACGACUAUAGACCGUUAAAGCGUGCCAGAAAGGCAGAGUCCGGUCAGUCCACGCCUACACCAGCACCUGAAAAUGGAAAUGCCAGCACCGUCCGUGGCCUCAGUCAGAUGAUCUCACAUGCAAUUGCUUCAGUGGACAUUGACUUGCGAACAUCAAUUGCACACAACAUUAUCAUCACUGGUGGAGUUUCGCUAAUUCCACAGUUGACGGAGAGAUUGCACACGGAGUUGCUGAACCUGAAUCCAGGGUUGAAGAUCCGACUCCAUGCGAUUGGAAAUGCCAAUGAGAGAACGAACCAGGCAUGGAUUGGAGGCAGUGUGCUCGCUUCUUUGGGAACAUUCCACCAGAUGUGGGUGACGAAGGCAGAGUAUGACGAAGCAGGUGUUGACCGGAUUUUCACGCAAAGAUUCAGAUAA